UUGAAUGUGAAUACGUUGAACCUUCACGUCUUCUACUAGCUGCAUUGCGACCGCUUUGUUGUUUUGUUCUUCACACGGAUCACAACUCUGUUUGUGGAUAAUCGAACGAUUAAAUUAUCUUUUACAAAAGAAUCGGAAAGCUAUAUCCAAAUCGCUGUUGCCGUCAUGGUUUCGUCACCUACCUAAAGAUGCGUGCCUCAACAAUUCUCUAUCCGUGAUCGGUUGGAUUGACUGGUGGUGGAUUCAAAUCUUGGAGUGCUAAUGGAUUCUUCCGCUGCGCGACGUCGGCUUCAGGCGAUUCAGGAUCAUCUUGUUCCCGACGGCGAUUUCUCUUCUUUUCAGCUUCGGCUGAACGCUACUGCUGGCGAGUUUUUCAACGGGGAUGGCUACAGUGUUGUGCUUCCAGAGAAAUUGCAGACUGGAAAGUGGAAUGUAUAUAGAUCUGCCCGCUCUCCUUUAAAGCUUGUGGAUAGAUUUCCUGAUCAUCCUGAAAUUGGUACAUUGCACGAUAAUUUUAUGCGCUCAGUUGAUGUAUAUAGGGACUAUAAGUACCUAGGUACCCGAAUCCGAUGUGAUGGAACAGUUGGAGAGUACAAAUGGAUGACAUAUGGAGAAGCAGGUACUGCUCGGACAGCAUUAGGUUCUGGCCUUGUAAAUCAUGGUAUAUCAAAGGGAUCUUGCAUUGGGUUAUAUUUCAUCAAUAGACCUGAGUGGCUUGUAGUUGAUCACGCCUGCUCGGCAUAUUCUUACAUAUCAGUUCCUUUAUAUGACACUCUUGGUCCUGAUGCGGUCCAGUUCAUUGUAAAUCAUGCUCAUGUUCAAGUUAUUUUUUGUGUUCCUCAGACAUUGAAUAGUUUAUUGAGCUUCUUGUCAGAAAUUCCAACUGUACGCCUGAUCGUGGUUGUAGGUGGGGUAGAUGAUCAAAUACCAUCGCUUCCAUCAUCAACUGGAGUUCAGAUUCUAACGUACGCAAGUUUGCUUAGUCAGGGUAGCAACAACAUCCAGCCUUUUUGCCCGCCAAAACCUGAUGAUAUAGCAACUAUUUGCUAUACGAGUGGUACAACUGGGACUCCAAAGGGUGUUAUACUGUCUCAUGGAAAUUUGAUUGCGAGUGUUGCUGGAUGUUCUCUUGCCUUGAAAUUUUACCCCUCAGACGUCUACAUAUCAUACCUGCCUUUGGCACAUAUAUAUGAACGGGCUAACCAGGUCUCAUCAGUUUACUUCGGGGUUGCUGUUGGUUUUUACCAGGGGGAUAAUAUGAAGUUAAUGGAUGAUAUGAUUGCAUUAAGACCGACAAUCUUCUGCAGUGUCCCUAGGCUGUAUAACAGGAUAUAUGCUGGAAUUAUUAAUGCUGUAAAGACCUCUGGUGUGCUAAAGGAGAGACUGUUUAAUGCGGCUUACAAUUCCAAGAAGCAAGCUAUAAUGAAUGGAAAAAGUCCUUCUCCCAUAUGGGACAAAUUGGUAUUCAAUAAGAUAAAGGCAAAGAUUGGAGGACGCGUUCGUGUCUUGGCAUCAGGUGCCUCGCCAUUAUCUCCUGAUAUACUGGAAUUUUUGAAAAUCUGCUUUGGUGGUAUAGUAUUUGAAGGGUAUGGAAUGACAGAAACGUCUUGUGUCAUAAGUGCCAUGGACCCAGACGACACCCUUUGUGGUCAUGUUGGGGCUCCCAACCCUGCUUGUGAAAUAAAGCUCGUGGAUGUUCCAGAGAUGAAUUACACAUCCGAUGAUCAGCCUUAUUCUCGCGGUGAGAUCUGUAUCAGGGGUCCCCUUGUUUUCAAAGGCUAUUUCAAAGAUGAAGUGCAGACGAGAGAAACUGUUGAUGAAGAUGGAUGGCUCCACACUGGAGAUAUUGGACUUUGGUUGCCUGGUGGUCGUUUAAAAAUUAUUGACAGGAAGAAGAACAUCUUUAAGUUGGCACAGGGGGAGUAUAUUGCACCAGAGAAAAUUGAGAAUGUGUAUGCGAAGUGCAAGUUUGUUACCCAAUGCUUUGUUUACGGUGAUAGCUUCAAUUCAUCUUUGGUAGCUGUAGUCUCAGUUGAUUUGGAGACGUUGAAAUCAUGGGCUUCUUCCGAAGGCAUUAAGUACAAUGAUAUAGCCCAACUCUGCAAUGACCCAAGAGCAAGGGCCGCAGUCUUGGCGGACAUGGAUGCCGUUGGAAGAGAGGCACAGUUGAGAGGUUUCGAAUUCGCGAAAGCUGUCACUUUGGUCCAUGAGCCUUUCACGUUGGAGAAUGGUCUUCUCACUCCUACAUUCAAGAUUAAGAGACCCCAAGCGAAGGAAUACUUUGCCAACAUAAUAUCCAAUAUGUACGCCGAGCUUGCUUCAUCAGAUCCAUCCUCCUAGAAGAGGUAGCAAACUGAAAAACUGUUAGUCACUCUCCAUCCUUAUCUUCUCCUAGGUGUAUAGCAAAGUUAAAUCUCUUAAGAUCUCGAAAAUGAAAACGAAAAAUCCGAGCCCCUUCGAAUUGAUCACACCAUGGAAACCACCACCCAAGUAGAUUCUGUUCAUUACAUGGUGCUCUGAUUGCUGUAACAUAGCAUCAGUGUUAACCCAUUGAUGGCUUCUCCAAGAACAUUACCAUUUUCCAAGUCUCCGUUUGUUCCACCCAAGAGAGAGGACGAUGGAAAUCAUUACCGUGUUACGUAUUCGAAUAAGUUAUGCUAUUGAUUCUAUUAUUUUAAAUCUUCAGUUCUUGAGUAAAAUAAGCAAGCAUGAUUGUGGUUUUACUCGUCUGCCAAUACUCGCCUCCUUAAGCCUUCCGACUUUAUCAAUUUUAUGUAUAGCAUGCUUGUGGUUGUUACCACAGAAACUAUGAAGAAGAAAAUUGGUUGUGUU